AUGACCGUCCAAAAUGCGGUUGCCGGUCUCUCUGUCCGCUCCUCAGAGGUUGUGGAGGCCAUUAUGCCGCGUAUCCGCGACGCGGUAGGAGAACGGACCCGCCAGGACAAUCCUAACAUCGACUUGUCCACCGCAGAGAAUUGGCUGAUUCGAAAGGAGUUGAUUGAAAUGUAUCAGGAGAGCAUACGUAAAGGAGAUCUUGCUGCUCGCCAUUUUUCGUAUCCGCUUGGCUUUUCCGGCGACCCUGCGCUAAUCACCGCACUAUCAAAGUUCCUGAAUGACUAUUUCAAUCCUCACGAGCCUGUACAGCAAUCCCAUAUUGCCACGGCCCCGGGUGCUGCCAGCUGCUUAGACGCCCUCCUGCAUACAGUGUGCGAUCCGGGAGACGGUGUCCUUGUUCCUGGCCCUUACUGGAAUGGCUUUGAUUUCCAAUUUCGCGUACGUGCCUCGGUGACUCCAUUGGUCGUAAACUGCCCCAGAUUUGACGACACAUUCUCAUCAAAACUUCUACCUGCAUUGGAAUAUGCAAUUGCAAACGCUACUAUUCCUGUUAAAGCCCUUGUUUUUACCAAUCCACACAAUCCAUUAGGGCAAUGUUAUUCACGCACAGUGCUUGAAGAUUGCCUCCGGUUCUGCGAGCAGCGGAAUCUGCAUUUCAUAUCCGACGAAGUGUACGCUAUGAGCACCCUUGAACCAGAUAUGAGUAGCAAGAACCUGUCGCCUUUUGUUUCCAUUCUUUCUUGUGAUCCUGCCUCCGUUGGCUGCUCUCCUCGCCGUGUCCACGCUAUCUGGAGUAUUAGCAAGGACUUUGGCUCGAGUGGAAUUCGGCUGGGCUGCACGGUGUCUCAGCACAACCCGGAAGUAAUUGUCGGCGUUAGUCUGGCUUCCAAUACUCAAGUCUCCUCCUUGGCUGCAACUUUCACAAAAAGCAUUUUGGGUUCCUCUAGCACACCUAAUCUCAUUGCUUUGAACCGCCGUCGAUUAUCUGCUGCGUAUGCCGCCAUCACAGGGUGGCUGCGUCUCAACGAAUUUUCGUACAUUCCGGUUUCAGCGGGAGUCUUCGUCUUCGCGAAGUUGGGUCGUGAUAUCACUACCUGGGACGAGGAGGCCCUGCUAGUCAAGCGCUGUAAAGAGGCAGGGGUGGUUGUCAGCGCUGGUAGAAGUUACCAUGGCAUCGAGUCGGAGAAGGGUUGGGUUCGAUUAACUUUUGCAGUAGAAGCGGAAGCGCUGCAGGAGGGUUUAACACGCCUGUCGAAGGCAUUAGGAGCAUUUCCCCCACAAGGAACUCGUGAACCUACAUCUAAGAACUUUUUUGGCCUAUUUUGGAGCCGCCGCUUUAAAGGCUAUUUUUUUCAAUAG